AUGCCCGAAGAGCCGGCAAUCGACCGCGAGAAGCACUGCCCCUUUCUGCUGCGCGUGUUCUUCAGCAAAGGGGCACACAACAGGGCCGAAGCCUUUGAAGCACUGGACGAUACGCCAAUCGCCAAUGAGCUGCACAUUUACACGUGGCCCGACGCCACACUUCGCGAGAUGGCAGACCUCGUGCAGGACUCGUACGUCGAUGCGCAGAAGCCCAACAUGCGUCUGAGCAUUUGCGUCGUGUCCGAGACGCGGGACGGCAGACUGCUCAUGCGCAAAGUCGGCUACGUGAACAGCAGUCGACGUCGAUGUGCGGACGACAACAAGUCGCUCGCUAGUGUUCGGUUCCGUCCAGGCGACUUGCUGGACAUUGCACUCGUCGAGUAG